AUGCUCGAGGCACGCGUUAAGCAAGCGUCUGUCCUCAAGAAGCUCCUUGAUGCCAUUAAGGAGCUCGUCACUGACGGGAACCUCGACUGCUCGGAUGAGGGUAUCGCGAUGGACAACUCCCACGUCGCGCUCGUGUCGCUGAAGCUCGAGGCCGACCAGUUCGAGUCGUACCGGUGCGACCGCAACAUUCCCCUGGGUGUUAACCUCACUUCGCUCACCAAGAUUCUCAAGUGCGCGAAGGACAACGACAUUGUUACGCUCAAAGCUGCCGACGACGCAGACUCGCUUGGUCUCGUCUUUGAGUCCCCCAAGGAGGACCGGGUCGGCGAAUACGAGAUGAAGCUCAUGGACAUUGACCAGGAGCACCUCGGCAUUCCUGACACGCAAUAUGACGCGACGAUCACCAUGUCGUCAGCUGAGUUCCAGCGCAUCUGCCGCGACCUCGGGGCUCUGGGUGAGAGCGUUAAGAUUGAGGCGUCGAAGGAGGGUGUGCGCUUCUCCUCUGAAGGCGAGGUUGGGACGGGCUCGGUCCUGCUCAAGCAGACCGCAGGAUCGGACCGCCGCCCCAACCGGGCAGCCAAGCAGGACCCGGACGAGGACGAGGAUGACGAAGAGGACAAGAAGCCCGACCUGGAUGACGAGGGCGAGGAGGAGAUGGACGACGAAGAGCGCCCAAAGAAGCGCAAGGCCAACGGUGGUGCUAAGGCAUCCAAGAAGGCCAAGGCCGGCGCUGGUGACGACGACGUCGGUGUCUCCAUCAUCCUCGAGAAGCAGGUCAGCCUCACAUUCUCGUUGAAGUACCUGUCCAACUUUGCCAAGAGCGCGCCGCUGGCCCGCGAGGUGAGCCUCAACAUGAGCAACGAUGUGCCGCUCCUCGUCCAGUUCGACUUUGAGCAGGGCACUCUCCAGUUCUUCCUCGCUCCAAAGAUCUCGGACGAGUAA